AUGGACGCGGCUGUGACCAGCGCCGCCGUGGCGAAGCAGCUGGCCUCCUGCAACAGGGCCACCAGGGACCGCGCCCUGCGGCUCCUGAGGAGCUGGCUCUCGGCGCAGACGACGGCGUCGGCCGUCUCCGACGAGGACCUCCUCAAGAUCUGGAAGGGGCUGUUCUACUGCAUGUGGCACGCCGACAAGCUUCCCGUCCAGUUGGAGCUCGUGAACCGUCUGGCGUCUCUACUGGUGAGCCUUGAACCUUCUGUCUCCGCGCGUUACCUCGAGGCCUUCGUCGUCACCAUCCGCCGCGAAUGGAGCGGCAUCGACCACCUCCGGAUGGACAAGUUCUACCUCCUUGUCAGGCGGUUUGUGCACCAUGUAUUUCUGUUCCUGAGCAAGAACGGUUGGGAUCGUGACCUCUCGGAACGUAUGAUCGGGAUCUUGUCUGAGAAAUCGCUUCUCGCUGCCGAUAAAUGCCAGGCGCAGGGUGUGAACUACCACAUCACGGAUAUUUUUUUGGAAGAGUUGAAGGUUUUUCUUCCUAUUGUGCCGGAAAUAGUCGCGGAACUUCUGAAGCCUUUCAUUUCUGUGCUGGAGAGUUCUUCUGACAAGGUCCUCACAAACAAAAUCAAGCGUAAUCUCUUUGGUUGUCUACUUGAGAACGGGAGAAAGUACUUGGAGCAUUUCAGAGUGGGAGAGGGGGAUGGAGAGGAAUUGGUCGGGGAUGUUGACAAGCUUGGAAAGCUCGCUCUUGGUUUGGGCCUCGCCGGCAAGUUUUUCCAAUCAGCAUCUUCCGAUGAGACUGUCCAGGGAAACAGAAAAGGUUUGUUCAGUUUGCACGAAGGUUUCCUCAAAUUAGAGAAGGAUCUGGAAAGCUCAGGUGUCACGGUUUCAUUUUUACCUGAAAAUGGUGGUUCAGAGGAUGCUGUCGCGUCAGUUCCCUCUGGGGCGACUGAGCAUGCUAACGGGGAGAUGGGAAGUACCGAGGGGUCUCCUGAUAAUUCGUACUCAAAGAAAAGGAAGAAGAACAAGAAAGCAACCGCAAGCGGUGGGAAGAAGUCAAAGCCAACGAAGAAUGGUGUGAUUGACUCUCCUGCUGUAACAAUGUCGUCAGCAUCGGCCAGUGGUGAUGGAUUGACAGACAACGGAGAAAAUCUGACAGAGAUUGUAAACGCCGAUGGAGAUUUGGUCUCUUUUGACGAGAUGGUCAUGUCCAAUCUUCAAAAGCAGUUUGAGAAGGUUGCUGCUGAGGCCGGCUUGGCAAUAAUUGGUGCGGGAGCUGGUGCCACCCCAGUUGCAACAUUGAAGAAGAGGAAAAGAGCCAAGAGCGCGAAUGUGCAUGUUUCUAAAACUAAUGGUUCUCCUGGGCGAACCGCAGCUGUAAAGAAUGGGGAUAGUAGCGUCAAGAGGGUACGGUUUUCUCUGAAGAACAAUUUGGUCUGGAAACCUCAUAGUCCUCUACCCCCUCAGAGCUUGAGAUUACCACCGUCAGCUACUCCUCGAGGCAGUGCCCUGAAAAAGGGAGUACUUCCUGGCCCCAUCAAGGAGUCUCCCCCAACAGUUAAAAAGGCGAAGAUGAAGGCUAACUCAGUUAAGAAGGCAAGGAAGAGCUCGAAAAGUAUCUCCCCGGCAGUCAAACGCCUCCGGAAGCUGCAGAGUCUUUCAAUAUAA